UUUGAUGUUUUGAUUUGAAUAAAAAGUGUGGUUCCAGUUUGAUAUGAUAUGAUUGUUGAAGAAGCUUCGAAAUAGUUUUAUAAGUUUGAAAAAUAAAAUCUCUGAGAUAUCUUAAAGAAUGUUUUAGAGAUCCGAUGCUUCUCUUUCUCUCUCUCUAAACUUUCAGAUCGGUCUGUGUAACUAGUGUUUAAGUAUUGAAGAAACUGUAUUGAUUUCAUUAAUAAUCAAACUCUUAAGAGAAGAAGAUCUUAAAUCAUCAUCAUCAAUCAAAAAGUGGUGGAAUAAAUAAAAUCUUAUAUUUCGGUACACUGCUGAAAAAAAAAUGCACAGGUCAGUAAUCAGUAAUAGCUAUUGAGUGAGAAAUAAAUGCAGGCUGAAAAAACAAAUGGAAAGAUAUCUUAAAUUUUUGCUAUACAGUCUGUGAUGUCCAUAUUUAAUACCGUAACUGGCCGCUUAAUUAGGACAGAAAACGUUUCUGAAGGCAAAGAAAAUAAUAAAUACUCUUCUUUCUCAUUUGGACUUUUUAUUAUUAUUAGCUUCUUUGAUUUAAUCAAUCCAUCCAUACUUCUAAACAUUAAUCUUCUUCUACCUCUCUCUCUUCAAUUACAGAAGUCUACUGUGUUUUUUUGAUAGAUAGAAAGUCUGAAGAGUUUAAACUUUUUAGAGGAAAGGAAACGAGUUGUCUGUUAUGAUGAAGAGAUAAAAAAGAAGAUGUUGUUAUUGUUGGACUGAGUAAAGGAUGGAGACUGAAAGAUUAGAAGAGAGGCAUAGAAAUUUCAUUGAAAACAAAAAUGAAAUCAUGUUUAAUCCGAGAACCGGUCACCCUGGAUACGAGAGAGAUCUAUUGCCUAGUUUUGAACGGAAUGUAGAUGAAUUCAGGAAGAUGCCAGGUCUGCAUGAUUUGGCAGAUGUUAAAGGUUCUAAAAGUAACUUAAAAAAGAAGACUAAACAUUCUAUCAACCCUUUUAUUAUUCCUUUCUGUGAUGAGGAAUUGGUUGAGAAUGAGACAAAUUUGUAUACGGAGGAACAACAUGCAGAGGAUUUAGUCGCUGUCGUAGACUCAAUUAACUGUGUCGAAAACAAAUCUGGAAAUUUUACCAACCCGUUUCUUGACCCUCUUAGUGAUGAGAUACUGUCAGGGAAAGAAACAGAGUUGUACACUGAAGAACAUGGGAAUAGUUUCAGGAAGGUACCAGGUCUGGAUGAUUUAAGCGAUGGCGAAGAUUCAGUAAAUGUUGCUGAAAACAAGUCUGCAAAUUCUACUAACCCAUUUCUUGAUCCUUCCUGUGAUGACAAUUUGUCUCAGAAAAAAAUGGAACUCUAUACUGAUAAAACUGUGACAGAAUGUGAACUGCCAGAGCUAAUUGUUUGUUUCAAAGAGGGAUCUUAUAGCAUCAUCAAGGAUAUUUGCAUUGAUGAGGGACUUCCUUCUGUAGACAAAAUUUUUAUAGAAAAUGGUGCAGUGCCAGAUAAGGAAUUGUUCACCUGCCUCGAACCAGAUAUGAAAGUAAGCAAUGAGUUGGCAAAAGAUAUGGGACACACAACAGAGCCUAAUAUCGAUUGUCAAAUUGAGAUGGAUGGUGCCAACCAAUGUGUGUCUGAAUUAGAUGAAGGAAAUGUCAAAGCAAGAGAUGAGAAUAUGGUCUCCGACGAUUUAAAGGUUCAAACCAGAUUUUUGGUAGAAGGUUGCAAAAUUGACUCCCCAUAUGAAUCAUGCAAUAUUUAUGGCGACGAUGUUCAGCAUAAUAAUGAUAAGGAUCUUUCUUUUGUUGAAAGAGAAGAGAGUCUGACUAUAGCCUCCAAAGAGAAGGACAGGGUUGAAAGUGGAUUUCCCAUACAAGAGUGUGACAACAAUAACUCCUCGCGUGUAUCAUGUGACACUGAUGGCAGCGUAAGUCAACGGCAAUCUUAUGAGGAUAUGAGUGAAGAUGGAGGGUCUGCAAACUCCUUGAGGUCAUCUACUGCCGCACAAGAAGAUGAAUCAACUAACAGCAACCAAGUCGGUGAGGAUGAGACUGCUGGGACUGUUACCUUGGAUUCUGAUUCCUUGCCGCCACCAACAACAAGUGGCAGGGAAGAAGAUCCAAAUACACAGAAGAGUGAAUUUCAACGAGCUAUUCACACUGUAAAUAUAUUGGGUCUUGAAGAAGAUUCGCAGACAGCUUCAAGCCGUAGCUUCUUUAUUCAACAUGGUCAUGGAGAAUCCAGUUUCUCGUCUGCAGGUCCUUUUUCAGGUCCACUAGCUUACACAGAUCCUGCAUCAUAUUCAGGUAGCAUAUCCCACCGGUCAGAUAGCAGCACAACCAGUACAAGAUCCUUCGCUUUCCCCGUAUUACAUUCAGAGUGGAAUAGCAGCCCAGUCAAAAUGGUGAAACCUGAUCGAAGACAUUUGCGAAAGCACCGGGGUUGGAAGUUGUGUUUUCCCUGUUGUAGAUACUGAAUUUUCCUAGUUAUCCAAGAUAAAUUUAGCUCAGACGUACAAUAUAAAUAGUACAUAUACUUGGCCGAAAUUGUAUUUGGCUUCCCUGUUUGUUUACACAACGUCUCUUCAUUCUUUGUUACUUGUAGUAGAUCCCAGAAUUGAUGCUUUGGUUUACAAUAUCUAGCAUGCAUUUGAGAGGGAGAAAGUACGAAAUGAUUCAAUUAUUUGUAGUGUUAUGCCAUUUUGAUUGUAAUUUGUGAUUGGUAUACAGAAUUGUUAGAACAGGAAUAAGACUGCAUUAUCUCUGGCUGUGGUCCUGUGGAUAUUAGAUAUC